GCCCCACCUGACUCCAGAAUAAAGGGGAGACGGACCCACUCUGCAGGACUCAGCCACGGGUACCAGGGAAGAGGAAGGACCCCUCACUGCCACGCCAACUCUGCGAGAGGCGGCUCUGCCAUUCACCGUUGGACUUUGACCGUGGCCGGAAGCUCCGCUCAGGCCUCCAGGAGUGUCUCCUUCCAGAACUGCCAAAGUUCUCCACGGAGGUCAAGCGGGUAUGUCCCCUGGAAGCUGGAACCCCGCAAUGACGGUCCAGGGUGUCCUCUGGAUUCUGCUCGGAUUGCUGCUGUGGUCAGAGCCAGGGACAGCUUCUCUGCCUCUGAGUAUGGACUCUGUCAUCCGGGUCCUGACGGAGCUCGAGCAGAAGGCACCGGCCGCCGAGCCCAGCCACAGCACCGCCGCGUGGAUGCUGUCGGUGCAGAGCGCUGGCCCCCACAGGCACUUCUACCACCUCCUGCUGGGCGCACAGAGCUUCGGCGCUGCCAAGCUGGGUCCCUACCCACUGAGCCCAGAGCUGCAAGGCCUGGCUGAGGAGGUAUCCCAACAUGGUGUAUGGGGCGGGCAGGAAUUCGGGGUCGUGCUGGCACCCGAUGGCUCGACCGUUGCCGUGGAGCCCCUGCUGGUGGGGCUGGAGGCAGGGCUGCAGGGGCGCAGGGUCGUGAACUUGCCCUUGGACAGCACAGCUGCCCCUCCGGAUGGGGAAGCCUCCUUUCCAGAUGUUGGAGCCACCGCUCCAGAAGUAACAGCCAUCUCCCCAGGACUCAGGGGUGCCUCUCCAGAUGUCACCUCUGCAGAUAUCGGAGCCAUCUCUUCUCCAGAUGCCAGAACUCCAGAUGUCCCAGCAUCCUUGGCAGAUGCCAAAGCCGAGUCUCCGGCUACUAUAGACAGCCUCCUAGCAGUCACCCUGGCCAGAAAACUGGGCCUGACCUUCCUCCAGGCCCCCCAGACCCAGAGCCGUCCAGGUCUGGGAACUGAGGGUUGCUGGGACAAGCUCUCUGACCCCCGGAUCUUUACACUCCUGGACCCCAAGGCAUCAGUGCUCACCGUGGCCUUCCUCAAUGGUGCCCUGGAUGGGGUCCUCCUUGGAAACUACCUGAGCCAGACCCCUGAGCCCCGACCACCUCUCAGCAGCCUGCUGUGCCAGUACUAUGGAGCUGGGGUGUCUGGAGACCCAGGACUCCGCAGCAACUUCCGACGGCAGAACGGGGCUGCUUUAAUUUCAGCCACCACCCUGAUCCAGCAGGUGUGGGGGACCCUUGCCCUGCUACAGAAGCUGGAGCCAGUACACCCCCAACUACAAGGCAUGAGCCAAGAACAGCUGGCCCAGGUUGCCACCUAUGCUGCCAAGGAGUUUACUGAGGCCUUCCUGGGAUGCCCGGCCAUCCACCCCCGCUGUCGCUGGGGGGCGGCACCGUAUCGGGGCAGCCCAAAGCCACUGCAGCUGCCGCUCGGGUUCCUGUACGUGCAUCACACGUACGUGCCCGCACCACCCUGCACGGACUUCGCGCGCUGCGCAGCCAACAUGCGCUCCAUGCAGCGCUUCCACCAGGAUACGAAGGGAUGGGAUGACAUCGGCUACAGCUUCGUGGUGGGCUCCGACGGCUACGUGUACCAGGGCCGCGGCUGGGAUUGGGUGGGCGCGCACACGCUCAGCCACAACCACCUCGGCUUCGGCGUGGCCUUCGUGGGCAACUACACGGCGGCGCUGCCCACCGAGGCGGCGCUGCGCACGGUGCGCGACGUGCUCCCGAGUUGCGCAGUGCGCGCCGGCCUCCUGCGGCCCGACUACGCGCUGCUGGGCCACCGCCAGCUGGUGCGCACCGACUGCCCCGGCGACGCGCUCUUCCACCUGUUGAGCACCUGGCCGCACUUCACAGCAACUGUGAAGCCAAGAACUGCCAGGAGGACCUCUCAGAGGUCCAGGAGGGAGCCGCCCCCCAUGAUCCUGUCAACCACAGAGCUGCAAUAAAGAGGCCAUGGAAAA